UCCGAUGAACGAUAUGAUACAGAUGGUGAUUCGGCCACGAUUGUAUCUGAAGAAACAGUUGAAAAUUUACAAGAAAGUGUUAAUCGUAAUUUAAAUAGUGAUUACGAAGAAAUUUUUGGUGGGGAAUUAUCUGAUGUUGAUGAUGCAUGCUCAGUAUGUGAUGAAUUCGAUAUUGAAAUCACUUCAUCUUUUCCUUCAAUUGAUGUAAGUGAUUUCUUUGGAUUUAAAACCAUCAAUGAAUCGGUUAUUAAAGCUCUAUAUUAUAAACUUCGUGAAUACCGUCUUUACGAAACGAUGGCGAUAUUGAUCAAGCAUAAUAAAUUGAAAUUCGAGCAAUUUGAAAUACCUAUAGUCGUUCAGGAUAUGAUCAAACGUGGCGAUGUUAAAGAUCUGAAACAUGUUAGAAAUGUCUUUCAUAAAGAAGUAGAACAAAGACAAAAAUUGGCUAAGUGA